AUUUAAUUAAAUUUGAUAAUCUCAAAAUUUAAACUAACAAGCAAGAUUAAUAAUAAAUUAUUUGCAAUUUAAUUUAAAAUACUUUAAAGAAUUUAGUAAAAAUGUUUAUAAUUUAAUGAGUUAAUAUUUUCAAAAAAUAUUUUAGGUUUACAAAAAGAAGCAUAUAGUAGAGUUUUUAAAUAAAGAGCUUCAAAGAUAAAAGCAAGAAGAUUUGAUCAGAUUAGAAGCUAUUCAAAAUAUGUAAUAAAUUAUUGACAGCUAAUAAGUAUCUAUGGAUUCAGGUAUUAUUAAGUUGAAGCAGUAAAACGUAGCAUAUGACAACAGUACCUUAGAUCUAUAAUCUUUUAGUUAAAUUAAGCUUCCAUCUCCACAUGAUAAUUAUCAGUAACCAACUAGAUAAAAUAUAUAUGAGCAAUCUAAGUAAUAAGAAAAAAAUAAUGAUUUUUUAACUGUGAAUGAAGUUAAUUUCAAUCAAAAAAAUUAUCAAAGUGAACUGAUUAGAAUAGCAGAAAAGAAUUAAAUUUAUGAAAGAUUCGCGUUGUCAAUUUACUACUUUUUAAAUGAAUAUUCUUAUAGAGUUUGUCAAACCACAAAGCUUUUGAUUGUCAAUUCAGGGCUUGUUCCACACCAUGUCUAGGUUAAAUUUAGAAAUCUUUCUUAAAUUUUAGGAAAAAAGCAUAUGAAAUUAUUUAUUCCAAAUUACAGAAGCGAAGGAGAUGAUAUGUAUAAUUAAGUAAACAGUGAAUAAAAUAAUUAAAAGCUUGGAAUGUUUGGAUAAAAUAAAAUCAACCAAAUCUUCAUUUCGGAUUUAAUUAACUUAAAAAGCUCUUCUAUUUCUACUCAGUUUGAUAUUCAGAGUUCAAUGAGAUUAAUAAAAGGAUUACCCAAAGGAGAAUAAAAUAAUUAGCUUUUAAAUUUAACAUAAAGUAAAUUUAGUAGAAGGUAAUCUAUUAAAAAAGCAUUUGAAAAUCUAGAAAAUUAAUAAAACAAAGAAUCAUUAUUUACUGAAUUAAACACUGAAGAUAAAAAAAGUACAUUUAGCUUUAAUAAAAAAAACGAAAAUAAUGAAUAAGAAAAUAAAUAAACUGUUAGAUGCACAACUCCUACUGACAGAAAUAGGAAAAAAUUAGAUGAUCCAAACGAUUCACCUCCAUAAAAAUAAGAUAAAAAUCAAAAAUUUUCAAGGCGUAAUACUAAAAAUAAAACUCUUAUUUAUCCCAAGCCAAACUAGCCAUAAUAAAAUACUACACCUUAGAGCAAAGUUUAGAUUUUACCUGAUGAUUUGAAAUAUGAAAUUGAUAUGCCUGAAUGGAAUCAAAUUGUUAGCUUACAAAAAUUAUCUGAAAUAGCUUAAGAUAAUACCAGCAUACUCUUUGAGCUUGAUUCUCUAUAGUUGGUCUACAAUACAAUUAAGUCUGAUAGGUUUGUGGGAUAUUUUUUAAAUUAAGAAAAACUUAUUGAAUAUUUUAAGGUUAUUUCUUCAUCACUGACAAACUAAGCUAAUAAAAGAAGAUUGAGCAUAAAAUAAAAUAUGUAUUAAGAUAAGAUAGAAGAAAUUUAGGAAGAAAACAUAGAAAUUAGAAGUAGGUCAACAAGCUAUAAAAUACAAGGAGAAAAAUAAUUUAAAUAUUUUCAAAAUAAAAAAAAUUAAUAGAAUAAUUAGCAUGAUUUAACAUUUUAUAUGUAAGAUUAAAAAGAGAAAGUUAAUAAAUUAAAACUAAAUGAGAAAAUUAUUGAAAAUUUCUAUCUUCUCAAAAACUUUGCUCACUAAGAAUGUAUCUCACACAUAAAGUUAAUCAUACAAACCUUAAAGGAACUUUUUUACUCUAUUUAAAUCCAAAAAAGAAAAAUUAGUAAUGUAAACUCUUCAAAAAUAAAUGAGAAGGAAUAAAAGGUGAACUCUCCUUCACAGUCUUAGAAAAGAUAAGAGCAAUAAACAUUCAAGAAUAUUCACUGCAACAAUAAGUUUAUUCAGACUCAAAUUAACAAUGCAAGCAAGAAGAUUCAUUAAUAUUUAAAUUCCGAUUAAUAAAAAGAAUUUAAUGAAAGAUAAUCUAACUUUUUUGAAUUUCCUGAAACAUUAGAAUAAAAUAAAUAAGCAGAGGAAUAUAUCACUUUCAUAAAAAAUGCAUAAGCUUUAAAUCACGAAAGCAAGAAUAAAAAUUUGACUGAAAAAAAAAUAAAACAAUUAGUCAGAAAAACUGAAAUAUCCAAACCCCUAAAAAAAAUAAAAUUGAUUUAACUAGCUUUAAUGCCUUUAAUUAAAAAACAUGUUAAUAAGUUAAUAUCUGAAGAUGUUUAAAUGGAAGAAUAGAGAUCAUAACUUAAGUAAAUGAUGUCAUAGUAUAAAAAGGCUAAAGAAAAAUUGAAAGAAUAAAUAAAAGAAAACGAGAAAACUAAAGCAGAUUUAGAACUAAGUAGAUUGGAUAAGAUUUAAAGUGCUUAAAAAAAAUAAUUUCCAUAACACCUUUAUAGAAAUGUAUCAAACGAAAGAUAUCCAACAGUAAAAUUAACUCUUCAGAAUUCUUAGGUGAUCAGUAGAAUAGAUAAGCUUAAUACUAAACAUCCUGCAAUGAAGAGAUCAACCUCACAAGAAAAUAUAUUAUAUGAUGGCGUUAAUUCUAUUUUAAGAAUUGUAAGGGAAAAGAAGAAUGUCUUAAAAACUUUAGCUCCUUUAAAAAAAGAUUAAUAAAAUACUGACCAUUCUAGCAGUUCAUCUGGAUCAUCUAAUUUUUCUGAAAAUGAGGAAAAAGAUAUUAAUAUGAGAAAAUUUCAUAACUAGAAAAUUAAUUAACCCUAAAAAAUAGAAUUAAAUGAAAUUAAAGAUAAUCAUUUUUAUCUCAAGGCUAAGUAUAAAUGCUCUAUUUAAAAUCGUUUACUAGUACCUCUAUCCCUAAAUAUUAAUAGUAACCGAGUAUAUUCUAAUAGUAACAGUAUAGAUAUUAAAGCAAAAAAUAAUCCUUUCUAAAGAAAUCCUUUAGAUGCUUUUUUUACAAGCCAGUAGUCUUCACCAAAAUCAAAUAUCAGUAAUAAAUAAUAAAUAAAUGAAUAGAGGUUUAGUAUUAAUGAAAGCGAAAAGUAUAACUCUAAAAGCAGCACAUUCUAUGAUAAAUCAACAAACUCAAUUAUUUUCAAUCAAUCUAAAAUUUAGUAAAUGGCAGGUAGUAAAAAAAAUAUACAAAAACUACCCAAUAAUUUAUCAUUUUAGAUGCUUUUUAAAACAUAUUGCAAGGAAAAAACUGUAACUAAUAAUAUGUCAAAAUAUUUUCCUAAUAUACCAAAAUGAAUCAAUAUCUGAUUAUG